GUUCAAAUGUAACAUUGGAGUGCAGUAGUGUGGGAAACCCCCCACCUCAAGUAACAUGGCACAAAUCUGGUGGCACAAUACCCCCAAAUAGGACAGAGCUGCUGCCUGGAGGACUCCAUCUUAGCCAUGUUAGGAAAGGAGAUGACGGAAUGUACAUAUGUGAAAUGAGCAAUGGAGUGGGGCAGCCUGUCAGACAUUCAACCAUGUUGUAUAUACAGGAGCCACCAGUGAUAGUGAGGGAAUCCAGAAAUCAGAUAGUGAAAGAAGGUGGAGACAUACAGCUGGACUGUGUGGUUAAGGGCUCACCUGCACCUAGAAUCACGUGGCUGCUGAAUGGAGAGCCAAUUACUAAUGACAGCCAUGUUGAAACUGCAGGUGGAAAACUGAAUAUCACCCAAGUGGAAAAGCGGCAUGCAGGAAUUUACCAGUGCUUUGCUACCAAUGACCUGGGCUCGGUGUAUGGAUCUCUUAUGUUGCAGGUGUUACCGAAGCAAGUGACAGCCCUGCCAACAAGUGAUCUACCAGAAUCAGAGGACACAGAACUGGAAGAGCUUCCAGAUAGUGGAGCAGGUUUCGCCACUGCAGUUCCAACGUCAGGUUUCAGAGGGCAUGGUAGAAAAGAUCAUACUCGCAAAGGCAAGGGACGAAGAAAGGACCGUAAACAUAAAGGAAAUG